UCUCUUCAAUUCAUUUCUCUCUCUAUUUCUUCUUCUUUCCCUCUCUGCCUCUUCAAAACAUAUUCAGAAACCUUUUGUCUUUCACUCAAAAAUUCAUUAAAAAAUGGAUGUUCGGGGAAGGGAUUGUGUCCCAAAAGCUCAAAGUAGUGAGGAGGAUCAGAUGGAGUUGAGAAGAGGUCCUUGGACUGUGGAAGAAGACUUCAAGCUCAUCGAUUACAUUGCCACACAUGGCGAAGGUCGAUGGAACUCUCUUGCUCGUUGUGCAGGUCUCAAAAGGACGGGAAAAAGCUGCAGAUUAAGAUGGUUGAAUUAUCUUCGACCUGAUGUUCGACGUGGGAACAUUACUCUUGAGGAACAACUUUUGAUUCUUGAGCUUCAUUCACGCUGGGGAAACAGAUGGUCCAAAAUCGCCCAACAUUUGCCUGGAAGAACCGACAAUGAGAUAAAGAACUACUGGAGAACCCGUGUCCAAAAACAUGCCAAGCAACUUAAGUGCGACGUCAACAGCAAGCAAUUCAAAGACACCAUGCGUUACCUUUGGAUGCCUAGGUUAGUGGAAAGAAUCCAAGCUGCCAACGCUGCCUCAUCCACCUCCACCACCGCCGUUAAUACCGCCGUCGUGGGUACGGAACCAAUGGUGUUUCCCGAUGACCACCACCUUGGGGGCGGCGCACAACAAGUGACCUCCUCAAGUAAUAAUAAUUACACCCUAGAGAAUUCCAGCACAACUGCAGCCUCAUCGGACUCAUUCGGGACACAAGUUUCACCGGUUUCGGAUUUCACUGAUUAUUACAGCAACAUCUCCAUCAAUCAUAACCCUAAUCCAAACUGCUUCGAAGCUGGUAAUUACUACAACAACGGCUUAGAUUUUCAGUGUUUGGAGCAAAACAACCCCUGGCUGGAUACCGUGGAUGGUUCAGACAGUAUCUUCGACGCUGAGGAUCUUUACUUCUUACAGCAGCAAUUCAAUUUUAACAUGUGAAAUAAAAUAAAAUAAAAAUCUCGAAAUACACUAAUAAACGGUGAGAGGUAGAAUGAAAUUACGAAAAAGAAAAAAUCAGAAUAAUAAUAUAGUUUAGAACACAUAGGACUAGUCUAAUUGUGGAUCACUUAAAUUAGGUUGUAUUUUGUCACUCUGUCUUUUCUUUCGAUUUUUUAUUUGGGAGGGGUCACAAAACUUAAUUGUAAUGCUUUCUUCUUCUUCUUUUUAUUUAAAUUUAAAUCCCAUUCAUUCAUAUUAA